AUGAAGUUCUCCACCACUCUGAUUGCCUUCGCUGCCGCCGGCCUCGCCAGCGCCCAGCUGCCCGAUGUGCCUUCCUGCUCGCUGAGCUGCUUCCUCAGUGCUCUGCAGAGCGAUGGUUGCUCCGAGCUGCUCGACUUCAAGUGCCACUGCCAGAAGACCGAGCUCGUGUCCAGCAUCACCCCUUGUGUUGCUAAGGCCUGUGAGCACAGCGACCAAGUCUCUGUCUCCAACGCCGUCGUUAACCAGUGCUCCUCUGCCGGCCACCCCAUCUCGAUCCCUCCCAUCGAGACCAGCGCUUCCUCCAGCGCCAGCUCCUCAGAGACUAGCACCCCCAGCUCCACCCCCGCUGAGACCUCCGCCUCCGCUACCCCCACCGCGUCUGCCAGCGAGAGCUCCAGCGCCGUUGAGUCCUCCUCCUCCGCUGUUGAGACCGAGAGCUCCACCACUGGUGCCGGUGCCGGUGCCGGUACCACCACUGGAUCCGCCGCUGGCUCCUCCGGUGCUGCCACCUCCACUCCUCUGGUGACCACCACCGGAUCCGCCACUGCCUCUUCCUCCUCGCCCGCCUUCAACGGUGCUGGCAAUGUCAAGGGUAACCUGGCUGGUGUUGCUGCUUUCGCCGCUGCCGCCGCUUACGUUCUGUAA